AUGCGCGUCCUCUGGGUCCCCGCGCUGGCGCUCCUGGGCGCGCUGCGAGCCUUCCCGCAGGAUCGAGCCUGCAGAGAGGCGUGUCCCGGGGGCUUCCACUUGGACCAGGCCGGGAGAUGCUGCUGCCGCUGCCCUGAGGGACACAUCCCACAGCAGCCGUGCCCGCAGCAGGCUGCCCACUGCCGGAAACGGAAACGCUGCGACCCCGACUACUACCUGAGCCCGGCUGGGCGCUGCACGGCCUGUGUGGGCUGCUCUCGAGAUGACCUGGUGGAGAUGUCGCCCUGCUCAUGGAACGCCUCCCGCGUCUGCGCCUGCCGCCCCGGCCUGUUCUGUGUCACGCCCGUCACCAACUCCUGUGCCCGCUGCGCACCCCACUCCGUCUGUCCCCCUGGCUUGAUUGUCAAGUUCCAAGGCACUGCGGAGAGCGACACCAUCUGUGGGCCACCUGCAUCAGAGAUCAGCUCAGAGGACCUCGGACACCCAGCCAGUGACCUGCACCCAGCCAAGCCCUUCCUGACCUCCCAGGCUGACCCCAAGGCCAGGACCACACUUCUCGAAGGGGACACCCCCUUGGCCCCAGAAAAUGCUUCUGAAAGGACCCACUCACCCUCCCCUGUGGGGAAGCCCAGUGCGGAUCCACACGCAGGGCGGCCCCCGCAGCCCUGCCCUCCGGGGUCCCCCCACUGCCGGAAGCAGUGCGACCCCGACUACUACCUGGACAGGACCGGCCGCUGCAUGGCCUGUGUGAGCUGCUCUCAAGACAAGGACCUGGUGGAGAAGACCCCCUGCUUCUGGAACGCCUCCCGCGUCUGCGCCUGCCGCCCCGGCCUGGUCUGCGCCACGUCCGCUGCCAACUCCUGUGCCCGCUGCGUCCCCCGCCCCAGCUGCCCGCUGGGGACCGUCGCCAAACUCCAGGGCAUGGCUGAGAGGGUCGGCACCGACCAGCCACCUGCGCCCGAGACCCACCCUGACUGUGGUCACGGCCCAGAGGACCAGGGCCCCUCCAGCGUCACCCCCUCCCUGAGCCCCCUGUUGGAGUCCCAGACCAGCGGGGAGCUGGCAAGGGGCCCCGCGCUCGUCUGGCUGUUCGUGGCGUUGCUGCUGGUGGGCGGUGCCAGUUUCUUCGCCCUGUGCCACCGGCGAACCUGCAGCAUGUGGCUCAGACACAAGCUGCUCCCGUGCCCCCCGAUCCAGCCCCUCCGGCCCAAGCUGCCUCCCGGGGAGUCCAGGCCCGGGAGGAGCCCGACGGAGCUAAAGAGGGACAUCUCAGUGCUCGAACCCAGUACAGAAGAUGGGGGACUGCUGAGCGGCCCCUUGGUGGAGACCUGUCUGCACACGGGUGCAGCCCCCGCCCCCGAGAACCGGCCACUGCUGGACGCCAGCCCGGCCCGCAGCCCCGCGGCCUCCUGGGACCUGGCCGAGCCCCGGGGCGCCGGGGAGCACACUAACAACAGGAUCGAGAAAAUCUACAUCAUGAAGGCGGAAACUGUGAUCGUGGGGUCUGUGAAGACGGAGGUGCCCGAGGGCCGGGGCCCGGCGGGGCCUGAGUUCCAGGAGGACCCGGAAGUGGACAGUGCCCCCCACUACCCGGAGCAGGAGACGGAGCCCCCCCGGAGCAGCGGCGGGGAGGUCAUGUUCUCUGUGGAGGAGGAGGGGAAGGAGGACCCCCUGCCCACGGCCGCCUCUGGGGACUGA